UGAAAGGAAGAAUGAGAAAUACUAUCUACCUCAAAUGAAGCUCUCUAUCAUCAUUAUCCAUUAAAGUAAUUACACCAACAAAAAACUAUGGGAAUAGGAUCAUCAUCAACCUUUGAGAAGGUAUUCUCUCACAUUUCCCUUGUUUUGAUUGUUUUGUUUGUUUCAUCAUCAAUUGUUGCUUCUGCAUCUAAGUCCAAUGAAGAAGCUGAAGCUCUUGUCACAUGGAAAGCCAGCCUCCAAAAUGAAGACCAGUCUCAGCUAUCAUCAUGGACUUUGCUUCCUAAUAACGCCACCAAUUCUUCUACCAAUCUUAAUUCAAGCACUAGCCCAUGUACUUGGUUUGGUAUUUCUUGCAACCCUGUUGGAAGUGUCACCAAAAUAAAUCUUACUCAUUCAAGCUUGAAGGGUUCACUGCAUGAGUUUUCAGUUUCCUCGUUCAUUAAUCUUGAAUAUGUUGAUCUUAGUAAGAACUCACUCUUUGGUACCAUUCCACCACAGAUUAGUAACCUCUCCAAUCUCAUCUAUUUGAACCUGUCCAUGAAUCAGUUCUCUGGGAAAAUCCCACCAGAAAUUGGCCUACUAACAAACCUUAAGGUCUUGUGUUUGAGUAUGAAUAAGUUAGAUGGCUCAAUUCCUCAAGAAAUAGGUCAGCUAAGGUCACUUAAUGUGCUUGAUUUGCAAAGCAAUUAUCUAGAUGGUCCCAUUCCUCCUUCUUUGGGUAAUUUAAGUAAUCUUGGUUACUUAUGUCUCGAUCAAAAUUCACUAUCUGGUUCCAUUCCUUUAGAAUUUGGAAAUCUCACUAACCUGGUUGAACUUUACAUAAAUAACAAUAGUUUAGCUGGUUCCCUCCCUACGGAAAUAGGGAAUUUGAAAUCAUUGAAGUGUCUGAGCCUUCAAAAAAACAAUCUUGUUGGUUCUAUCCCAACGUCAUUAUGUGAACUAGGAAAUCUUACCUAUAUUGAUCUCUCCCAGAAUAGCCUUUCGGGUGCCAUUCCACAAGAGAUUGGACACCUGAAGUCUCUUGUCGUUCUUCAAUUGAGUGUAAAUAAACUCAAUGGUUCUUUUCCAAGUUCAGUUGGAAAUUUGAGCCAAUUAGAAAUUUUUUAUGUUGGUCACAACCUAAUCUCUGGUUCCAUUCCUCAAGAGGUGGAAAAUCUCGUGAAGUUGACUGUGUUUCGAGUGGCCCGAAACAAAUUGACAGGUUAUUUGCCUCAAAAUAUUUGCCAAAAUGGAUUGCUUCAAAACUUUACUGCAAACAAUAAUAGUCUAACAGGUCCAAUUCCCAAAAGCUUGAGAAACUGCACAACUUUAAAUAGAGUUCGUCUAGAUGGAAAUCAACUGACUGGAAAUAUAUCUGAAGUUUUUGGCAUCUAUCCAAACUUGUAUUACAUAAACAUUGCCGACAAUAAACUUUAUGGUGAACUUUCACCUAACUGGGGAAGGAGCUCAAUACUAACAGAUCUAGAACUUGGGGGAAAUAAUAUUAGUGGUACCAUACCACCUGAGAUAGGAAACAUAACUAAACUAAGUGUUCUUGAUCUUUCUUCAAAUCAUUUAGUUGGGGAGAUUCCUAAGGAAUUGGGUAGGUUGAUUUCUUUGGUGGAGCUUAUAUUGAGCAACAAUCAACUUUCAGGUGGUAUACCUUCAGAGGUUGGAUCCUUGACUAACCUUGAUUAUGUUGACUUGUCCAAUAACAAAUUGAGCAAGUCCAUUCCAGGAAGUGUAGGUAGCUUCUCAGGCCUAUUUUAUAUGAAUUUGAGCUACAAUAAGUUCAGCCAAGGAGUUCCAAUUCAGAUGGGAAAGUUAGUUCAGUUGUCCGUGCUAGAUUUGAGUCAUAACCAUCUCACAGGAGAGAUACCAACGGAGUUUAUGAACUUGCAAAGCUUGCAAACCAUGGAUAUAUCCCAUAACAAUUUCUCUGGUACUCUAACAGCUUUUGAGAAACUGUACGGCUUGUUGGAUUUCAACAUAGCAUACAAUCAAUUCCAGGGUCAGACUCCCAACAUCAAAGCAUUUCAAGAUGCUCCAAUUGAAGCAUUGGAGGGGAACAAGGGAUUGUGUGGAGAGGUGAAAGGACUACAACCUUGUCAACUGGUCACCACAGACAAAAAACAUAGAAUUCAUGAUCUCAUGUUCACGAUCAUAUUUCCCCUUUUGGGAGUAUUUGUACUACUAGUUGCAUUUAUGGGACUGACAAGUUUUAUAAGAAAAGGGAGAAAGACACGAAAUAUACAAAAUGAAAUCUUGUAUCCCAUAUCAACCUUUGAUGGGAAAGAAAUGUAUGAAGAAAUUCUAGCAGCCACUGAGAAUUUUGAUGCCAAGUAUUGCAUUGGGAGUGGUGGAUAUGGAAGCGUUUAUAAAGCACAAUUGCCUUCGGGUGAUAUUAUAGCUGUAAAGAAAAUCCACGCUUCAUCAUGUGAUGGUGAUUUGACAGAUCAAAAGGAGUUUCAUAAUGAGAUAGUGGCAUUAACAGAAAUACGGCACCGAAACAUUGUGAAACUAUAUGGUUUUUAUUCAAGCACACAACACUCGUUGUUGAUGUAUGAGUACCUUGAGAAGGGCAGCUUGGCCGCAAUCCUAAGCAAAGAAGAAGAAGCUAAAGAAUUGGAUUGGAGUAGAAGGGUGAAUAUUGUUAAAGGGGUUUCACAUGCCUUGGCAUAUAUGCACCAUGAUUGCUCACCGCCAAUUGUUCAUAGAGACAUAUCAAGCAAGAAUAUUUUGCUGGAUUCUGAUUAUGAAGCUCAUGUCUCUGAUUUUGGCACUGCUAAACUUCUGAAGCAAGACUCAUCAAAUUGGACAAGCUUUGCAGGCACAUAUGGAUAUGUAGCACCAGAGCUUACUUACACAAUGCAGGUGACUGAGAAAUGUGAUGUCUAUAGUUUUGGAGUUUUAGCACUUGAAGUGAUCAAAGGAAAUCAUCCUGGUGAUUUCAUCUAUUCUACAUUGUCCCCAUCAACUAACAUAUUGCUGAAGGAUGUAUUGGACCAACGCCUUCAACCUCCCACAGGUCAAGUUCGAGAUGAACUGAUAAAGAUUGUAACUAUUGCAACUGCUUGCUUACAUGCUAAUCCACAAUCUAGGCCAACCAUGCUCAGGAUUUCUAGGCUGUUAUCAUCCACAAUUGUGCAGAUUCCUACAACAGUCACAUCUGGAGAACUAGUCAGGGUCUAAAUCAUAAUGCUACUAUGUCUGCUACAAACAAAUGUACUUGCUGACAUCAUCAAAUACCCAAGAUAUUUCAUAAUGAUUCUCCAUGUAUAGACACAAUCCUCUCCAUUUGCUUUUGAUGUGGAGAGUGACCCAAAAAGAAAAAAGAAACAUACACAAUCCAAAAUUGAUGUGAUUGAUGUUACUUGAAAGUUGAAACCUGAGGUUAUAUGGCAUUUCAUGAAACUGGUAUAAUGUGCAAAUUUGUAAGGCGUACUCAACAAUGAACCCACAUUUCUCCACAAAAAUCAAUGUACAAUUAGCAAUACACAAACACUGACUUGCUUAGGUGAUAAUUUAAUUUUGUGUUGAUUACACAUUUUUUCUUCAACAUUUUAUCUUUUGUU